CGACGAAGCUAUUAACGGGCUACGCGCCGCAAAUCAGUGGCUGUCGGAGGCAAAACAUCAACGCCCAGUACCAGGCCAUCGCGCGCGCAGCGUAGGGCGCGCGAAGCCAGUAAUUAACGGGCUGCCCCGCAUCUCAGCAGGCUGCCGGAGGCACAGCGGAGCAUCGUGCGCGCGAGGCGCCAAAACAACACCACAGGAAGGCAGCAAUAAUGGGCAGCCUCGGCCGGCGGCGCAUCCUGCGCGCGCGCGGCUCGACGAGCGCCCUGAUCGAGGCCGCGGCGGCGGCCGGCGGCGAGGGCGAGGACCGCUUCGCGAGCGCCUUCGGGAGGCUCGACGCGGCGCGCCGCCGGCACAAGCGCGCGGCGCGCCUCGACGCCGGCCGCGCGGCGUGGAUGCAGCAGCACGCGGCGCUCGCCCAGGCGGCGCGGCGGUUUGACGAUGAUGAAAAAGCCAUGGUCCCGCGCGACGACCUCUCGCAGAUCGACGAGCUCCGGACCAUGGUCGCGUGCCUCGCGCAAGCCUCGGACGACGACCAGGCUGAAGCUAAACGGCGCGCGGCGGCGAUCGUGGCUCGAAUGAUGGUCGACGCGCGCCAGGCGCACGCGUCAAAAGGGGCGUCGUUGGCGGAGGAGGAGGUUGAAGCCAGGCGCGAUGUCGAGGAAGCGGUAGCGACGAUGAAUUCAACGCUCCGCGAGGAUGAUGGGGGCGACGACGAGCUGGUGGAAGUGCUCCGCGUCGGCGACGACGAGGCGUUCCUCGCGCCGGUCGCCGAGGAGCUGCGUGAGACGUGGGCGGCGCGGCGCGACGACGAUCGCGAGAAGCGGCGGCGCAUCGACGAUAAAUUGCGGGACGCCCUCGCGAGCAUCGGCGACGGGUCGGACGCGCUCGAUAGCCGAGGGCCCUGGGACGACGCGGCCCACGCCCUCUUCGAGACGCAAACGUCGAAGAAGAUCGACGCACUGAGGCUCGUGCUGCCCCAGUUUUCCGAGGACGCGCUGCGCAAGCACGUGGCGCGUGGUGACGCCGUGGCCUCCCAUUCGCGGGAGAAAGCUGUAUGGAAGCGGGAGCAGAAGGCCUGGCGCGCGGACUCUGUUGUCAAGUGCGCCGAGCGGUUGGAGGCGGCGCGGCGCGACCACGUCGACAAAGUGGCGAAGGACCGCUUGUACGACGAGAUGGGCCGGCGCCAGCGCGCGCUCCACGCCUGCGUCGACAAGCUGCGGGCGGAGCGCGAGGUCCGGGAUCAGAAGUUGGCGGUGGCACGCGAGCUGCGCGACGCUCUACAAGCGGAGCAGGAGGCCGAGCGGCAGGCUAUCGAAAGGGAGGCGCAGCGCCGGGCGAAGGACGCUAUUUUACAAUACCGCGCGGAGCAGUUCCGCGCCGAGGCGGAGCGCAAGCUCGUCGAAGCGGCGGCGCGCAAGGAGCGCGAGCGCGUCCAACGAGAGCAGGCCAAGAAAGGCGCGGAACGGGCUCGAUACCGCGAGGGCGUGCGCGAGGCGCAACGCUCGGAGAAGGAGCAGGCCCUCGAGCGCCUCGCGAAGGCCGACGAAGCUAGAGCGAUUGCGCUCGAGGCCCUCGCGCGGACCGUGCCCUACUUCGAGGCCAUCUCGACCAUCGAGAGCGACGUGACCAAGACGACCGCCGCGGUCGAGGCCCAGCGCGCGGACCAGCGCACGGCCGCCGACAAGACCGGCUACACGACAGGAUUGACGGACGAGCGCGUCUUCCGGGACCCGGCCUUCAAGGUCGGCCUCGCCAUGCGGUCGCUCGGCGUGGCAAGGACGGGCGCCGCCCGCGACGCCGUCGCGCGCCUCGUCGGGCCGCGCGCGAUGAACCCGAUCACGGGGGCGCGGGGUUAA